UCCCCCUCAUCGCAGAGAGGAGAGAGGAGGAGGAGGUGAGAGAGAGAGAGAGAGAGAGGGAGAGAGAGUGCGUAUGAGUGCGGAGUUACUCGGGGAGUAGUACCAGCAGUGGCAACACUGGUUGGCGGUGGCGACUGGCGAGGCGAGAGGCGAGAGUGGUGGGCGGGGGGAAGAAGCAAGAACAGCACGGAGCAAUCCCGAGUCUCUCCAUAGGGAUCUCCCCCUUCCCCGCAUUCGAGGGUGGAGUUUGUCCUACUUCAGAGGGGAGUCUCCUCGCCUGGCGCCCAAUAAUUAGCCUGGCAGCAGGUGGGAGCGCUCUCCGUGCUGGAAUCUGCUUCUCGGGUUUCCAAGACUCGUGUUGGUAGGGCAGUUCUGUGGGAGAUUAUUGCCUUAUUUGGUUGAAUUGGGAAGAGUGGGUCAAUUAUUAGUGACUGUGCACUUGUUAUGCUAGAACUGAAUGGAGAUAGUACAUAAGAUUGCAGAGCCCAAAGAACCUUUGAUGGUCACUGCUAGGAAGGCGCAGAACUUGGAGGCGCCAAUUCCGAUAAAGGCAUCAUGGAAAGGGAAGAGCUCCCAGCAGCAGCAGCAGCAGGAUGAGAAGGAUUUUCCAGCUGAUGGCGAGGAGAGUUUCCUGAGCCUGGAUUCAUCGGACGAAGGUGGCCGGAGCUCUUUCUCAGGGGCCAGUCACCCCCUGGAACCAAUUGAUAUGGAUCUCAUGAAGACGGUCUAUGUCGCCAUCGAUGAGGAGAAGUCCGAGCCACCGGUGUGUCUAGUGCGAGGGUUAUCGGCGAAAGGGCCGUUCAUGGAUGACCUUUCGAUCCGUGUUACAGGCAUGAAGGCCAAUGCAGUGGCAGGUGCAGUCGGUGCCGAUGGUUUGGCUGAAGAGAUGAAAGUGUCUGGUGCUGCAGUGGCAUCACUGGCCACGGCACGGUCAUCGCAAGCAACAGAAGCUGUGUCCUUGCCUCCAGAUUCAGAGGAGAAGGACUGUGUCUGGGAUGCCUCGCUUCCUCCCAGUGGCAAUGUGAGCCCUCACAGUAGCAUUGACAGCAUGGGUGUAGUCACGGCAAUGAGCACUAUAAACAGCUGCACCAGCACAUAUAAAAGUGUACCAAUAUCUAGUGAACCAGUGCUUGCCACGGAGAGGAACUGUGGGAGUGUGAAGGGUAGCAUUCGAGGCGACUCUCUAGAAAGUGCAAAAACUAGCAUGAGUCGAGCAAGCGAUAGCAGUGGUGUUAGUGAUGACAGCAGCUGGAGCAAUAUCACCGGAGGUGCUAGCAAGCCUCACAAGGGUAAUGAUCCUAGAUGGAAGGCAAUACAUGCUGUACGAACUCGAGAUGGUGUGCUUGGGAUGAGCCAUUUCAGACUUCUCAAGCGUCUAGGCUGUGGUGACAUUGGCAGUGUUUACCUUUCCGAGUUAAGUGGAACCAGAUGCUACUUUGCAAUGAAAGUAAUGGACAAGGCAUCCUUGGCAAGUAGAAAGAAAUUGAACAGGGCACAAACCGAGAGGGAGAUUCUACAGCUUCUGGAUCAUCCGUUCCUUCCAACCCUGUAUACACAUUUUGAGACCGACAGAUUCUCGUGUUUGGUCAUGGAAUUCUGUCCUGGUGGUGAUUUGCACACACUGCGACAGAGACAGCCAGGAAAACAUUUCUCUGAGUAUGCUGCAAGGUUUUAUGCUGCAGAAGUGCUUCUCGCUCUUGAGUAUCUGCACAUGUUGGGAGUUGUUUACAGGGAUUUGAAGCCAGAGAAUGUUCUUGUGCGUGAUGAUGGUCACAUAAUGCUUUCAGAUUUUGACCUCUCCCUGAGAUGUGCAGUCUCACCUACACUCAUCAGAGCAUCAGCUUUUGAUUCUGACCCCAGAAGAGCCGGUGGUUCAUUCUGUGUACAACCUGCUUGCAUGGAACCUACUUCAGCCUGCAUUCAACCUGCAUGUUUCAUGCCCAAGUUGUUUGGUCAGAAGAGCAAGAAAAAAACUAAAAAGACGAGGUCUGAGCUGGGACAGAGUGCCACCACCCUGCCUGAACUAGUCGCUGAACCGACAUCAGCUCGAUCAAUGUCGUUUGUUGGGACUCAUGAGUAUCUGGCUCCAGAAAUCAUCAAAGGCGAAGGCCAUGGAAGCGCCGUUGACUGGUGGACCUUCGGUAUAUUCUUGCACGAGCUUCUGUACGGCAAGACGCCAUUCAAGGGGUCGGGCAACCGCGCUACCCUGUUCAACGUGGUCGGCCAGCAGCUAAGGUUCCCGGAGUCGCCGUCGACGAGCUACGCGAGCAGAGACCUCAUCAAGGGGCUCCUGGUCAAGGAGCCGCAGCACCGGCUUGGCGUGAAGAGGGGGGCCACGGAGAUAAAGCAGCACCCGUUCUUCGAGGGCGUGAACUGGGCGCUCAUCCGGUGCAGCACGCCUCCCGACGUCCCCAGGCCCGUCGAGGCCGAGCUGCCCGUCAAGUACGGCGUGGCGGAGGCGAUCGGGAGCAACAGCAAGAGGAUGGUUGGCGCGGACGUGAAGUCCGGUGGGAAAUACCUUGACUUCGAGUUCUUUUAGAAGCUGCUGUGCUUUACUGCUGCCUAGUGGCAGAGGCGCUAAUUGCUUUGCAAAGCUGCUGGUGCUGGCCGGUUUGGUGCUGUGAUUCUUCGAUGUGCUUGACCUGGUGGUGUUCUGUCUGUCUCACCACGGCUGCAAAAUUGUUGGGUCUGAAUUGGCCAGAAUUAGAUUGAUGUGUUUGCAUGCUUUGUAUCUAACAGUCCGGUUUGAACCAUGUGCUAACAACUGUGCUGCAGGAAGGUCCCAAGCGAUUGAUGCUAGCGUACGAGCUCCGGUGCCUGUCUGUUUGAAUAGUCUGAAGACCAAGAGUUCCCUCUGUGCCAUUUGUUGUACUGUUAUGGAAUUAUGGAUCGACCUUCAGCUAUGUUGACAACGCCGAGUUUACGUUUGAAGGUUAUCGUA